CGUCACCUGGAUGUGUUUGUUUUUGAUAAUAGUUCGAAAGAUUAUAGGAUACAGUAACUAGUAAGGGUUGACUAUGUGAACAAUUAAAUUCAGUAAAUAAACACAUGAUUACCGAACUUGAUUGCUAAUAGACGUUGAAAAGAAUAAGAAAAUGGAUAAGCCUAUGUCUGGAAAAGUGUGUAUUGUGACAGGAGCAACACGGGGAAUCGGUAAAGGUAUAGCGUUACAGCUUGGCCAAGCGGGAGCUACAGUAUAUAUAACUGGUAGAACACUUACUUCACCAAAGGAUGAUCCUGUUGGAGGCUCAUUAACAGAAACAGCAGAGGAGAUUGAAAAGCGAGAAGGAAAAUGUAUUCCAGUGCAGUGUGAUCACACUAAAGACGGUGAUAUUGAAGAAUUGUUUAAUCGGGUAUCAAAGGAACAAGAUGGCUGCUUAGAUCUUCUCGUCAACAAUGCAUACGCUGCCGUCAAGGCUAUAGCGGACAAUAUAGGAGUACCAUUCUGGGAACAACCUAUCUCAAUGUGGGAUACUGUCAAUAAUGUUGGUCUCAGGAAUAACUACUUAUGUUCGGUUCAUGCAGCAAAAUUGAUGACAGUAAGAAAAUCUGGUCUAAUUGUUAAUAUAUCAUCAAUAGGAGGACUUCGGUAUUUGUUUAAUGUACCAUAUGGUGUUGGGAAAGAGGCUAUGGAUAGAAUGGCUGCUGAUUGUGCUGUUGAACUGAAGAAAAUGAAUGUAUCGUUUGUCAGUUUAUGGCCUGGUCUUGUCAAGACAGAGCAUAUGGAACACAUGAUUGAGACUGACGUCAUAAAAAAAUUUGAUAAAGCAGUGCCCGAAGAUAUGCCAAAAGUUGAUACAGGCGCGAUGAUCGAAAAUGCAGAGACCACUGAAUUUGCAGGCAAAGCGAUCGUAGCCUUAUCAACAGAUCCAAAUAUAAUUAAAAAAUCUGGAAGAAUUUUAACAACUGCAGACCUUGGAAAAGAAUAUGGAUUUAAAGACAUUGACGGAAAAGAUCCUCAGAACAUCAGACAGGUGAAGUCCAUUUUAAAACUGAGUCCAAGUACAAGACGUCUUGCCAGUGUUGUUCCUGGUUUCAUUUACAUCCCAAAAUGGAUGUUGGCUGCAGCAGGAAACAAGUUUUAAGUUAAAUCAUUGUUUAUGAAUCAUUUAUUGUAAUAUUACAGCAGUAAACUGUAAAUAACUGUCUUUGACAUAUACAAAUUAUUCAUCAUUCCAAAACUGUAUCCAAAUAGAUAUUACAGCUUAGUAUACAUUUUUGCAUCAUUUAUAAUUACAAUGUAAAUAUUAACAUAAGUUGAAGUAUU